CUCUCUCUCUCUCUCUCCCCCCCCCCCUCUCUCUCCCUCUGUUGAGUAGCCAUGGGAAGAGCACCAUGCUGUGACAAAGCUAACGUGAAGAGAGGACCGUGGUCGCCUGAAGAAGAUGCAACUCUCAAGAGCUAUCUGGAAGCUCAUGGCACUGGUGGAAAUUGGAUUGCUUUGCCCAAGAAAGCAGGCCUUAGACGGUGUGGGAAGAGUUGCCGCUUACGGUGGCUCAAUUAUCUGAGACCAGAUAUCAAGCAUGGUGGUUUCACUGAAGAUGAAGAUAAUAUCAUAUGCAAUCUCUACAACGAAAUAGGAAGCAGGUGGUCUGUCAUAGCAUCUCAAUUGCCCGGAAGAACGGACAACGACGUCAAGAACUACUGGAACACCAAGUUGAAGAAGAAACGGCUCGCUGGAAAAGUUAAUGGGGCUAAUAACAGCAGCUACAACACAAUGUCCACUUCCAACGCCCCUGCGCUCCUCGGGUUCGCAAGCAACCAUCCUUCUGGCUCGCCAAAUCUGGACAUGUACCACCGUGGAUUUUCAGUUUCGGGGAUCAACACUUUCACAGCUGCCGAAUGCCAGGUUAUAUAUGACAGAGCAACUACUGCUAAUGUUCCCAAUUCGGCUUAUUAUCCUUACACAGGCUUCGAUCACAUAAAGUCUAAUGAAAUCGAGGUGAGUUCAAAGGUAUCGACUUCAAGCAUUUCUAAUUCAUCCAGCAUCUCGAGUUCGUCAUCGUCUUUGGCAAUGGACGGAAAGCCUUCGCUGCUCACUUGCAACAAAGGAACCCUCGAUGAGGCCGCUGCAAUGAUGGAUUUCGGGUUCGGAUUCCCGUUUGACGCUGUCAACAAUGGCAUCUGGUUUCAGGAGAGAGCUCAGGAUAACUCUCUCAACUGCGGCAGCUAUAUUUCGAGUUCUGAUUUAAACUAUAUAUGCUGAAACAAGGCCAUAUCGCAGUACUGCAGUAUAGCUCAACAUUAAAGUGAGUGACGGAAACAUUGGCGGACUUAAUGGGCACAGAAACACACGAAGCUUCUAGGAAUUUUCUUUCUGCAUGUUCCAGACUAAUUAAUUUACACCUCUAACUGCUAUAUGAACAUAUGCUUGUCUUGAAGUCGAACUACGUUAUGUACAAAUUGAUUAUAGGUAGAGAUGGGCUCGGGCUUGCUCCUGUGAAUUCGAUAGAGAGAGAAAGGGUGUGUCAGCAUAGAGGACUUGUGAUAGAUUCAAUUGUAUUAUGAGCGUUGAUCAGAGAUCAUCUCACGAAUGUCAAGUCGCCAUAGCAUGGUUUUGUAUAUGCAUAUCUCUUAGUAAUGAAAUUCGAGCCUCGACGUA